AUGGCUGACCUUGGUGUCAACAUCCCUCACCUCGUCCAAACGGAUGGGUCAAAACAACUCGUGGUGAAGGGAGAGCCUUUUCUCGUGAGAGCCGGUGAACUUCAAAAUUCCUCGCUAUCGUCCCCUGAGUACAUGGAAACCGUUUGGAAGAAAAUGACCGAUACGAAUAUCAACACCUUGCUCGGUAGCGUAUCCUGGGAAAUGAUCGAGCCCGAAGAGGAUAAGUUCGACUUCUCAGUGCUUGACGAAAUCAUCAACUCGGCACGGAAGCAUUCCAUGCACCUAGUUCUGCUUUGGUUUGGGUCAUUCAAAAAUGGGCUGUCGACUUAUACACCGACUUGGGUAAAGACAGAUGACAAGAGAUUCCCGCGAGUAAAGCUUCGCAAGGCAGGAGAUCGUCUCGAGAUAGGCGACGUUUUAUCAAUUUUUAGUGCCGAGAGCCGCAAAGCAGACGCCAAGGCUUUUGGCCGACUAAUGGAACACUUGAGAGAGGUGGACGAGUCACACUCUACUGUUAUAAUGGUACAAGUUGAGAACGAGUGCGGUGUGCUGGGAGAUUCUCGCGACGGCUCAGAGCUUGCGAAUAAAGCCUUUCAUGAAUCGGUUCCAAGGGACCUCGUCCACUUCCUGUCUGCGGAGUGGGAUCAGCUACACCAAGAUAUGCGAGAACAGAGCCUCACGCAAUUUGAUCACCAAAGUCCACACCUCGAUGGAAGUGGCAGCUGGGAAUCUGUGUUUGGGAGCAGUCCUCGGACUGAUGAGUUAUUCAUGGCAUACAAUUACGCCCUUUACCUGAACGAAGUUGCCGCGGCUGGGAAAGCGGCUUAUCCCAUCCCACUUUACACCAACGUAUGGAUGAACUACGUCGGCGAAGACUCGGACAAUGACUUUCCCGUUGUGGUGGGCGGCGGCGGCAUGCCAGGGGACUAUCCCUCCGGAGGCCCCGUGAGCAAUGUCUUGGACGUAUGGAUGCGCUUCGCGCCAAAGCUGGACUUUAUCGGGCCGGAUGUCUAUCUCAAUGACUACGCCAGCUCUUGCUCCAAGUACAGGCAUCGAAACCAGCCUCUAUUCAUUCCGGAGCAACGACGAGAUGACUACGGUGCGCGUCGUAUUUGGAUUGCGUACGGCACUUACGGCGCUAUGGGGGUUGCUCCCUUUGGUGUGGAUACAAUCGAGCCGGAAGACAGCCCCUUCACCAAGCAUUACGGUCUGCUGAAAACUAUCUCGCCCAUCAUUCUUGAAGCACAACGACACCCAAACACAUCAGUGGGCUUCUGCUUCGAUGAGCUUCCGGCAGAUGCCGCCGGAAAGGACCCGAGCCCCGUCAUCCGUCGCACCUGGGGAGACUUUGAGAUCACCAUAGAGCGGUGCUUCGUGUUCGGUAAGCCAGGAACAGGGGCUGGAAUGGUGAUACAUCGUGGCGGAGGCACGUUCCUGCUCAUCGGCUGGGGUUUCCAGGUCAGAGCAGAAGCAUUGGGCCAGGACAAGAACUUCACUGGUAUUCUGAAGUUUGAGGAGAAGAUUGUAGAGGACCAAGAGACCGGUCGCUUGAAAACAAGUCGUGUGUUGAACGGUGAUGAGACGAGGAGUGGCAAGUUCGCGAUGAUGCCUAACGAGCACCCAGAUUACGGUGGCUUUCCCAUCUCCGUCACCAUCCCGGCCAGGACGAUGAUUGCAGAGGUUACUUUUUACUCUUUGUCUAACUAG